CUGACAUAUCUCCUUGUGUCAAUUGCCAACCCGCAAAAGAAAAAAAAGCUCACAGAUUUAAUUUUGCACAUUGAAUGAGAAAGAUCUGCAACCAAUAGCAUGUUACGAGGAAAAAAACUUUGUCGGAAACUCACCGUCUUUGGUGACCCUAUCUCUAGCCCUGCAUGUCUGCUGAACAUAUUUUCUGAAUAUACUUGCGAGGAUAGCCGCCAUCGUCACCCCGCACAUAAGAAUAAAGAACUCGUCAAUAUUCACGCAGACGGCAAAGAUAUUGAGCUUCAUUUAUCCCUCUCGGAUGGGACCUCGCGGGAUGAUUCGUAUCAGCCCCCACUUUCCUCCUCAUACGCCGUCUCUGAAAUAGCCAUCAUUUGUUUUGCUACCAAUUCACCAGAGUCCAUAGAGAGCGUUGAGAAAAAGUGGAUUGGUCAAGUUCUUGACUUGUUGAGAGGUGUUCCUAUCAUCCUCGUCGGGUGUAGUGAGCCUUCCCAAAGUGACACCAGGACGUUGCAGGAACCCGAAAGUCUUCAGCAAGGCAGGCAGCUUUGUAAGAAGAUUGGCGGAGUCUCCUAUCUGGAGUUGUCGAUUGACACGAGCGAAGGUGCACGCGAGCUUCUAAAUACAGUUACCCAGCUCUUGCUUUUACCUCGGCGUCAGAAGAAAUUUGUCCACUGUGUUGUUUUAUAAUCCAUCAUUUCCUUAGAGAUCUCAUCCUAAAUAAUUAUAUGUUGAUUACGGUUGUUCUCUAUGAGUUGGCUAAUGAUAGCUGGCCUAUCUGCAAUGUUGAGAUGAAAUCCUGAAUAGCGAAUAGAAAUGAUUUAGACUAUCAAAAGCUUGCAGCGCCAAUGUUAUUAAACAUAGUUUAUAUAUUUCCUUGGUUCUUGAGUUCGUUUUUGUUUCUGGUUUCUUUUCUUUGCUAUUGAUUAAGUGGUACUCGCGUUAGGAUGGAUCUCAGUAGCCAAUGGACGAACGGAGGCCACGCAGAUCAUAUUGCUUUCAAGAUCCGUAUUGCUAAAGACUUGUACUCGAAUGGAUGAUAAUAAUUUCUUAGUUUAAUAAGCAUA